AUGGAGAAGUUAGAGAAGGCCCGAGCAGCUUGUCAAGGAUGGCUGUCAAGAGUGUGUGUCAAGAUGGACGGACUCCUAGCCAAGAGCCCCCCAGCAACCUCCAGUGAGUUAGUAGAAGUUCUGGAAGAGUUUGAUAAGAGGCUUAACAAGUUAGAAGAAGUGCAGUCAGAGAUAGAAUUGGAGAUAAGUCCUGAGGCACUAGAGGAGUACUUGGACAAGGCAGAUGCAGUCAGACAGCAAGCCAGGCAGAAGAGAUUGUUGUGUGCUGACAAGCUUAAGAAACUGGCUGAGGGUGAUAAGGACAAGUCGGAUUCUUCAAGUACCACAGCCCCUCUCCAUGCAAAACUUCCCAAGCUAGAACUACCUAGAUUUGACGGUGACCUGAAGCAGUGGCAGAGUUUUUGGGAACAGUUCUCCUCACACAUAGACGACACUGAGCUGCCCACCAUUAGUAAGCUAACCUAUCUACUGUCACUACUAGACGGCACUGCUAAGGACGUGGUGGAAGGAGUGCCGCACACCUGCGCCAGCUACAAGACCGUCGUCGACCUGCUGAAGCAACGGUUUGGCAAGUCGGAGUGCAUCAUCCACGCCCACGUCCAGGCUCUCCUUGAUCUACAAGUUCCGGUCCACCAAGGCAAGACCUACAUCCUACAGCUGUGGAGACUUCGGGACGAGGUGGUCAAGCACACGAGGAGUCUAGAAGCCCAAGGAGUUACAGGCAAGCAAUGUGAAGUGCUACUAACCCCCAUGAUUGUUUCCAGACUGCCCACAGAGUUAAGGUUAAACUGGUCAAGGGAUGGUAGUGGACAUGAAAGUGAUCUUGAGUGGCUUCUUAGUUGGCUUCAAAGGGAGAUUGAAGUGAUAGAAAGGAGUGAAAUGUAUAAGGGCAAUGUUAAGAGUUUAGAAGGAAGGAAGGGUAGUAAGGAUAGUAAAGAAGUACAUAAGGGAAACAAGGAAAAAUUGUUCACAGCCUCGGCUUUACAUGUGACUUCCCCGCCUGAAAGAUCAGAUUGUGUGUUUUGUAGUAAGAGAAACCACAAGUCUGAGAAGUGCUACAAGUUUCUGGUGUUGGAUGGGCAGCAGAGGUUUGACAAGAUAAGGGAAUUGGGUGUGUGUUUUAGAUGUUUAAAUAGUGGUCAUAAGUCUAGAAGUUGUAAGGCCAAAUGUUCCAAGUGUCGUGGUGACCACAAUAGUACCAUGUGUGGUGUUAAGUUGAGUGUGGUCCCUAAGGCCGAAGUAGAGGAGAGUAAACAGAUGGGCACCCAAACCCUUGCGAUGUUGUCAGGCCACUACAGGAACAAGACUGUGUUACAAACAGCUAAGGUAAAGGUAGUGAACCAUAAGGGGGAUAUUGUUACUGCAAGGCUGAUGUUUGACAAUGGCUGUGAUAGGUCAUAUGUUACCAAUAAGUUUGUAGGAAGAUGUAAACCUGAAUGGGUCACCAAUACAGAAGUCCCUUAUAGUUCCUUUGGUGGCCAUAGCUCAAGCAAGUGUGUACAAAGUAGUCUAUACAAGUUGAAGCUUUUAGAUGAUAAGGGUGAUUUGUUUUCCCUUGUGUUGGCAGGCAUUCCCAUUAUAUGUGAACCGCUAAUUAGGCCAGUAGUACCAGAACACAUUUUAAGUGCCUUUAAUCAUUUAAAGUUUGCAGAUGACUUUGACCAUAGUUCUCCUUUAGACUUAGAUAUCCUUAUUGGUCUGGACUACUACUGGAGCCUAGUAACGCCUAGUGAUGCAGUUCAAGUGGGGUUGACAGUUGCCCUGAAAUCAGUGUUUGGCUGGACCUUGAGUGGAAACACUGGUAAAUUAUCUGACACUACAGGUGUGCCUUUACUGCCAACCUUUAAACCUUCGUCACCUCAACUCUUGUGCAUCUCUAAAGUCACUGAUGCUGAUAUGUCUAACUUUUGGGAUUUGGAGACUAUUGGCAUAAGUAGUAGCAAGGAAAGUAAGGAAGACGUUAGAGAUAAGAUUGUUCAAGAAUAUAGUGAUAAGAUCAAGUUUGUAGAUGGUAGAUAUGAAGUCCACUUGCCGUGGAAGGACAACCCUAAGAAGGAUACUUUGAUGAGUAAUGAAGUUCAAGCUAAGAAGAGAUUAAAUAAGCUUUUGGUGAAGUUGGAUAAGGACGAAGACUUAAAGGCUGAGUACAUGAAGGUAUUUGCCGAGUAUGAGCAUUUAGGAAUCAUUGAAGAGGUGCCGGUAGAGGAAAUUGUACACCCUGGCCCUGUUUACUACAUGCCUCACAGGCCAGUUGUCAGACUCAGCAGCAGCACCACAAAGGUACGACCAGUCUUUGAUGCGUCUGCCAAGGGUCCUAACGGGAUUUCUCUCAAUGACUGUAUGACAACGGGUCCGUCUCUCAACCCAGACCUAGUAGAGAUAUUAAUUAGAUACAGACGCUGGCCCUAUGUAGUUACUGCUGAUAUUGUUAAAGCUUUUUUGCAAAUAAGUGUACAGAGCCAAGAUAGAAAUGUUCAUAGAUUUUUUAUGCCAGCCGAAGGUGGAGUUAGACACAUGAGGUUUACUAGAGUUGUUUUUGGCAAUACAUCAAGUCCUUUCCUUCUUAAUGCUACGAUUAAGACACAUUUGAGUAAGUACUCUGAGUGUGAAGUAAUUCAGGAUCUUCAGAGAGACAUGUAUGUAGACAACUGGUUCAGUGGGGCUGAUAGUGAAGUAGAGGCAGUAAGGAAGUACACCACAGCCUACAACAUUAUGUCUGAAGCCAACAUGUCUCUUGAGAAGCUUGUAUCCAAUAGUUUAGUAAUUGCAUCAAAAUGUAAUGACAAGGUUCACUGUGUACAGGACGAUGAAGUUAACAGUGUACUAGGUUUGAAGUGGUCUGAGGACAGUGAUGUUUUUUCUUAUUGUGGUCUAGACCUGGAUUUCCCUUUGGAAUUAGCAUGUACCAAGAGGACAGUAUUAAGUUUAAUAGCUAAGAUUUUUGAUCCAUGUGGAUUUAUCAGCCCAUUUACCAUGUAUGCUAAGAUACUUUUCCAAGAUAUUUGGAAGUCAGGUGUGUCCUGGGAUGACAAGUUGUCACAAGAUUUAGAAGUAAGAUUUGAAAAAUGGGUAAGGAGUACCAGACAUUUGAGUCCAUUAGUUAUAGGUAGACAUUAUUUUCCCCAUGUACCUUGGAAAAGUAUUGAGUUUAUUGAGAUUCAUGGGUUUGGGGAUGCCUCGGAAAAAGGUUAUGGGGCGUGUGUAUACCUAAGGCUAUGUCUUGACAGUGCAUGUAACACUUCAUUGGUUGUAUCCAAGAGUAGAGUGGCACCAAUCAAGAAAUUAACCCUGCCUAAGCUAGAACUGUUGGGAGCAUUGCUUUGUGCCAGAUUGGUGGUGUUUGUGAAGAAGGCUCUGUAUCUUAAGAUUAAAACCCAAGUGACGUGUUGGACUGAUUCCACUAUUGCAUUGGGAUGGAUAAGGAAUGAUCCAAGUUUAAAGGAUGUAUAUGUCAACAACAGAGUUAGAGAGAUUCAGCACCUGACACCUCCAAGUAACUGGUAUCAUUGCAAGGGGACAGAAAAUCCUGCCGACUUGAUAACCCGAGGGUUACUAGCAGAGAGCCUUCUUGGAAAUGAUCUGUGGUUUAGCGGUCCUAAGUAUUUGUCUGACCCCACAUUUAGAGUCCAGGAAAGAGAUGCUUUAACUGCCAGCAUUAACACUGUGAAUGUUGUACUUGAGAAUAAUUUAGCAUGUUUAGCUGUUCAGACUAGGACACCCAUUUUUGACCUUGAGAGAUAUAAUGAUCUUGCUAAGUCACUAAGAAUUGUUGGGUAUGUUUUGAGAUUCAUAAAUAAUUGUAAAAGUAAAAGGUUGGGAUGUGAGUUGAAAACUUGUAGAUUUACAACUGAAGAACUAGAGUUUGCCGAAUUAAAAUUAAUCUAUGUAGAGCAGAGACAAGCCUUCCCAGAUGAAAUCAAAGCCAUAUCCAGUGAGCGGUCUCUUCCUAAGCAUUCCAAGCUAAGCAAAUUAAACCCAUUUCUUGAUCAAGAGGGUAUUCUAAGAAUCAAGGGUAGAUUACAAUUUUCUAGUCUGGGUUAUAACUCAAAACAUCCCAUCAUUCUUCCUAAGGGUCACUUUUCUAAGUUGUUAGUACAAUUUCAACAUAAGUUCAUGAAGCAUGCAGGUGUAAACAGCAUUGUGUCAUCAUUAAGAACUAGUUUUUGGGUGAUUGGGUUAAGAAGAAUGGCAAAGACGGUGGUUAGAGAGUGUUUGAGUUGUCGGAGGCACGACAGCCGUCCUUGCAGUCAACCUGUUGCCCCUUUACCUGACCUGCGAGUCAACCCUGCACCUCCGUUUGCAGUUACAGGUUUAGAUUUCACUGGCCCUUUAUUUAGUGCUGAUCAUCCAGGGAAAAAAUUGUAUGUGUUACUUUUUACCUGUGCUGUUAUUAGAGCUGUACAUCUAGAACUCACAGAGUCCAUGUCAUUGGUCGAUUGUAUGCGGGCCAUAAGGAGAUUUGUUGCUCGUAGAGGGAUUCCUAAUGUUUUCUAUUCCGACAAUGCAAAAACAUUUGUUGCAGCCUCCACAGAAGUACAGAAGGUGUUUGGUCAUCUAGCCCCAAGGUGGAAGUUUAAUGUACCAAGGUCCCCAUGGUGGGGCGGGUGGUUUGAGAGGCUCAUUGGUUCAGUCAAGCUAGCUUUAAGGAAGUCUUUGGGAGUUAAGUAUGUAAGCCAGUCUGAGUUAGAAACAAUUCUUAUAGAAAUUGAGUCGUGCAUUAACUCUCGACCAUUGACCUUUGUGAGUGAUGACCCAGAUUUUGAUCAUUAUCUAACUCCAUCACACUUUAUUCUUGGUAGGAACAGCACAUGUACACCUUCUGAUGUUGAUGAAUCCCCUAUUAUAAGCCCUGAAGACUUGUACAUUAGAAAGAAUAUAAGAAAUCAGAGGUUGGAACAUUUUUGGAAGGUGUGGAGAGAAGAUUAUAUAGCUAAUUUGCCCCCUGUAGUAAAAGGUUUCAACCAGAAAUGUAAAGUGGAUGUUGGUAGUGUUGUACUCAUUAGAGGAGACAAUGUACCCAGACAACGGUGGCCCAUGGGUGUGAUUGUUAAUGUGAUUGUUAAUGUGUAUCCCGGUAGAGACGGUGUGAUUCGCAGUGUUGAUGUUAAGACAGGAAAAGGCAUUUUCAACCGGACUAUUCAAACCCUGCAUGAUUUAGAGAUAAAUCCUCAUUUAGACACUGAUGUGAUAACUCCUCAACCAGUACUUCAUGAUCAGGCAGUACAAGAUGAUGUAACUUCAAGUGUAGCUAAUGAUGACUCUGUACAAGAUUGUGAUCCGGAGGAGGAGGAGGAGGUAGCUGUUUAUACUUCAAGGGGUCGGCUCGUUAAAAGGCCUCACAGAUUAGAUUUAUAA